AUGGCGCCCAAGAACAAGUUCGAGCUCAAGACCCCCAAGGGUACAAAGGACUGGGAGGGCAAGGAUAUGGUCAUCCGUGACCACAUCUUCAACACCAUCACCCAAGUCUUCAAGCGCCACGGCGGAGUCACCAUCGAUACCCCCGUCUUCGAGCUCAGAGAAAUCCUCGCUGGCAAGUAUGGCGAGGACAGCAAGCUUAUCUACGACCUCGCCGAUCAGGGCGGCGAGAUCUGCUCCCUCCGAUACGACUUGACCGUCCCCUUCGCCCGUUUCCUCGCCAUGAACAAGGACAUCCAGAACAUCAAGCGAUAUCACAUUGCCAAGGUCUACCGCAGAGAUCAGCCCGCCAUGACCAAGGGCCGAAUGCGAGAGUUUUACCAGUGCGAUUUCGAUAUUGCCGGCACCUACGACGCUAUGCUGCCCGACGCCGAGGUCAUUCGCAUCAUCUCCGAGGUGUUUGAGGGACUUGGUUGGAACGGCGGCUAUACGAUCAAGAUGAACCACCGCAAGAUUCUCGACGGUAUUUUCCAGGUCUGCGGCGUGCCUGAGGACAAGAUUCGCACUAUCUCCUCUGCUGUCGACAAGCUGGACAAGCUGCCAUGGGCUGAUGUUCGCAAGGAGAUGACAGAAGAGAAGGGCCUUGACGGCGCGGUGGCUGACCGAAUCGGCGAGUGGGUUAUUCUCAAGGGCAAGCAGGACCUCCUCGAGAAGCUGCAGAACAACGAAAGCCUGGCAGCCAACGAGUCGAUGAAGAAGGGCAUGGCAGAUCUUGCUCUGCUCUUCGAAUACCUCGAGGCUUUCAACGUGCUGGACCGGGUGUCCUUCGAUCUCAGUUUGGCCCGUGGUCUUGAUUAUUAUACCGGCCUUAUCUAUGAGGUUGUCACAGAGGGUUCUGCUCCCCAAGUGGCGCCCGGCCACGAGGACGAGGCCCCUAAGCCCUCGAAAAAGAAGGGCAAGAAGGGAUCUGACGACGAUGACCGUUCCGGCGAUCCCACAGUCGGUGUAGGCAGUGUUGCUGCUGGUGGCCGCUACGACAAUCUUGUCGGCAUGUUCUCUGGCAAGAACCAGAUCCCUUGUGUUGGCAUUUCUUUCGGUGUUGACAGAAUCUUCUCCAUCACCAAGGCCAGGAUGGCAGCCGAGAAGAAUUCCGCUGUCCGUGGCAACGAUGUUGAUGUCUACGUCAUGGCUUUCGGCAAGGGUUUCUUGAAGGAGCGCAUGGCGGUUUGCACAAAGCUCUGGGAGGCUGGCAUCAAGGCCGAGUUCCUCUACAAGGUGAAGCCCAAGCUGCCAGCGCAGUUCAAGGCGGCAGAGGCCAACGGUGUCCCAUUUGCCAUUUUCCUUGGAGACGAUGAGGUUGCGUCAGGCAAGGUCAAGAUCAAGGAGAUGGGACUCCAGGAUGGUCACCCUGAAAAGGAGGGUAUCCUUGUGGCUCUCGCAGAUAUGGCCAAGGAGGUCAAGGUCCGACUCCAGCGAAAGCGAGAGCUAGACCACCUGACAAGACAAGCUGAAGGUCUGCGAGUUGUCCACGGCAUCAAGGGUGACGAGGCUGCACCAGAGGCUGCCGCUCCUGAAGCUACCGCCCCUGAGGCGAGGCCUGCGGCAGAGGAACAAACGCCUACAAAUCCCACCGCAUAG